AUGGGUAAAGAAGGACUCAACAAAGACCUCCAACAGGUCAUGCAAAGGCCUUUAGUGAAGCAUUCUACGAUGAACACGGACAUGCAAGCAGAAGUCGUCGAUAUUAUAAUCGGUGCUAUCGACAAAUUCACUGGUAGCAAGGGACCUAACGUGGAGCCAGCAGCCAAGCUUGUUAAGGAUACCUUGGAUCGACAAUACGGCGCGUCGUGGCACUGUGUUAUCGGCGAGGGUUUCUCUUUCGACGUCACGGCUCAGGAGGAAGCACUUCUUCUGGUUUUCUACCAGGGCAACCUAUCUAUCCUGGCGUUUAAGUGUUGA